AUGCAUCUCUCUCAAAUUCUGCUAGUGGUCGUCGCUUCCCUCCUGGCUACCAGUGAGGCUCUUUCGACGGCCACGAUUUUCAACCAGGUGGAGAAGACGACUUCACUCGGCUCCCAGCGACUUCUGAGGACCCACCCCGAUUACAAGGUUGCCGACGAUGAAGCUGAGACCGAAGAGAGGGGUCCGCUCUCGAGGGAGCAAAUGAAGGCGCUUGUCAAGGAGGUGGGCAUCGAUCGGAGGAAGGUCAAGGCUGACUUUAACCACCUGCUAAGACACGAAAAGUACCCGGAGUACCAAAGACUGAUGAACAAUGUUCUUGAGAAGCAAAGGAGCAAGGGUGCCCCCGUUUACAAGAACCCGUAA